GCUCGCGAGGGGAGGCGGGCGGAGCCUGAGGAAGGGAGGCCGCGGGCAGAGAGGACGCCGCGCUGCGGUGAGUGGCGGGGAAGGGGAAAUGGCUGCCGGCGCAGGAGGGAAGGAGCGGAGUCCCGAAAGAAGAGAUGGGGAGGCCCGGCAGCUCUCAGUGUUGUGCCUAUGGGGGGAAAAGGUUGGACAGAGAGGACGGGCCGUGGGACGGGGCGGGUGGGGAGAGAAGGUUUGCAUUGGGCUGGGCUCACAGCAUCAUGGAAAAGGUUAGCGACAGGGGCAAAGGUGGCGUGUGAGGCAGCAUGUUCCCGCAAAUAGCGCUCUGGGUUUAUUUAUUUUGUGUUUAUUUCCUUGGGAAGGUCAGGUGUGUCUGCGUGUGUUUGCAGAAUCCCUCCACGCCGCAGUUCCCAAUGCACUUCCUUUAAAAACUUGGGGUUUUUUUGGCAGUCAGUGUGGCAAACUUCUUCUAUUUAGCUGAGAUUUCCUCACGCCGCCUUCCAGGGAUGCAUGCAUAGCAAUUUGGGGGGCUCUCGAAGUCGCUAGCCCGGGUGCCCCCUUUUUCUUUUUCGUUUUGAAAGGACAGGAAGAGGGAACGUAUAAAAGGUUGCACAAGUGGGUGGUAUUGAGAAGAAGCAGCGAGCCCAAAAUGCUUCAGGAAUAGUGUAAAACUCUCCCUGGCCCCUUGGCUGGACCCAAAGUUCCCUGCUGAGUUUGCAGCUGAGCAGAAGUCAAGGAAGGCUUUCCUUCACUCCAGCACCUGCAAAUAUGAAUUGGGCGAAUAGGGUCUUAUGUGUGGUGGCUUCCUUGAAAUACUCGGGUUGGGGAUGGCUGUGGCAAUCUCAGCACAGUCCGUAGUCGGGGAUGGUAGGAGUUGUAAUCCAACAACGUCUGGCGGGACGCAGGCUCCUCAUCUGUGCUUAGAUAAAAUCAAAACCAAUAACACAAUGUAGGUCAAGCGGCAAAGUGACCUCUGACGCAUCGUGAGCUUUAUGACGGAGUGGGGCUUGAGUCUGACUAUUUCCAAACCUCACCCCACACGCCAACCGCUAUACAAAGUUAUAUAAAGAAAUUGUGUCCCGAUCAGUUAUAUGUUUCUGAUAUAAAUUGGUCAUGUAAAGCCCCAGAGUGGUGGUGAACUAGGCAAUAAUUUUUUAAGAAGCAUUUCUGUAAUGCACUAGAGAGAUGUUUUUAACAUCUAUAUAGAGCCGCUGGGAGAGAUCAUUGGGGGGUUUGGGCUGGGUGUUCAUCAGUAUGUGGAUGAUAUCCAGCUCUGCCUCUCUUUUAAAUCGGAACCAGUAAAGGCAGUGAAUGACAUGUGUGAGUGUCUGGAGGCAGUUGGAAGAUGGAUGGGGGCUAACAGAUUGAGGUUGAAUCCUGACAAGACAGAAGUACUGUUUUGGGGGGACGGGGCAGACAGGUAUGGGGGACUCCCUAGUCCCGACUGGGGUAAGUGUGCGCCUGAAGGACCAGGUGUGCAGCCUGGGAGUCAUUUUGGACUCACAGCUGUCCAUGGAGGUGCAGGUCAAUUCUGUGUCCAGGGCAGCUGUCUACCAGCUCCAUCUGGUACUCAGGCCGAGACCCUACCUGCCUGUGGACUGUCUUGCCAGAGUGGUACAUGCUCUAGUCAUCUCCCACUUGGACUGCUGCAAUGCACUCUACAUGGGGCUACAUUUGAAGGUGACGUGGAAACGACAAUUAAUCCAGAAUGCAGCAGCUAUACUGGUGACUGGGAGUGGCCGCUGAGACCAUAUAAUACCGGUCCUGAAAUACCUACAUUGGCUCCCAGUAUGUUUCCAAGCACAAUUCAGAGUGUUGGUGCUGACCUUUAAAGCCCUAAACAGCCUCGGCCCAGUAUACCUGAAGGAGCGUCUCCACCCCCAUGGUUCAGCCCGGACACUGAGGUCCAGCUCCAAGGGCCUUCUGGCAGUUCCCCCACUGCGUAAGGUGAGGUUACAGGGAACCAGACAGAGGGCCUUCUUGGUAGUGGCGCCUGCCCUGUGGAACGCCCUCCCAUCAGAUGCCAAGGAAAUAAACAACUGUCAGACUUUUAGAAAAUAUCUGAAGGUAGUCCUGAUUGGGAAAAAUUUAAUGUCUUAAGUUUUACAAAUUUUUUUAUAUGUACUGUAAGCUGCCCAGAGUGGCUGGGGAAACCUAGCCAGAUGGAUGGGGUAUAAAUAUUAUUAAUUAUUAUUAUUAUUACUACUACUACUAAAUUGCUUUAGGCAUACAUUUGUCAAAUAUGAUCUUAAUCCAUACAAGACUUUUCAUUAUGAACCAUGUUUAACAUGCCAUAAAUAUACACAGCUGGAAGCUUGUAGACAUGAAAACAUGUUUCUUUUGAAGUUGACAGCUGUGCUGAUAUUGGCUCAGAAGAGAAUAAUAAAAUAUACAGUUUAAACAUCAUAAUUUUGCUUGACACCUUAAAAGUGAAACUAAAGAGCGUUUCUAGUUCUCUUGCUCCCCACCAAUUAAAAUGUAACUUCAACAUGAAAAUAACAUAGGAAGGGAAUAAUAUCAGCUGCAAACACCCACAGUAUUUGAGAACUCCUUUCCUAUAAGGAUUCCUAGAGAUGCUCUCCAUGGUGUAUGGGCAGUCAAAAUGUAUGAAAUGUAAAACAUUUCUGAAAUAUUGCCUUGAUUCCUAUUUUUGUUGUUGCCAGAAACGAGAAAAUGCUCUCAUCUCUGCCUCUUAUGGCAAAGAGAUAAUAAUUUUACAGCUAGUCCCUGUAUCCUUUGAAGAUUUUUGUUAAUUAACAAAAGGGUUUAUUUUCCUUUGCUUUGCGUCUAGAAAAUGAGUGACAGUGACGAUGAUGUCCCUCAGCUUUCAUCUGAAGCCUUAUCUGCUCUGCAGGAGUUCUAUAUUGAGCAACAGCAGAGAGAAGACUUUAAGGCAACAGAAAGAUCUGAUAACAAUUCUCUUGGCUCAAUAGAAGAGAACUGGGUAAGCAGGUGCAUUUUGACUAAAAUACAGUUUGUGGUAGCACUUCUGUAGAAUGGCACAAGAUCACAGAUAUGCAGGACAAAAUGAUGAGAAGAGAGGCACCCAACAAGACUAUCAAUAGUUGGAAUGCUAAAUGACAUCGAGAUCCACCAUUAUUGUUACAGCUCAGAUGAAAUUUUUUACUUGGUUUUGGCUUUUAAGUCAGCUUGCUGUAUUGAGAAACAGUUCAGAGAAUGUAAACUCUGGGCAAGCAAAUUGUCUAUAGUGGUGUGUGUUCCUCUGUUUGUUAGACAUUGACUGCGUUAGUAUAAUUGCACUAUUUACACUCAUUAGCUUGCUUCUCAUGGGAAACUUGCAGUUUGAGAAAGUGGAAGAGAGAUUAUCUUUUCCUUCAGUGAAAAAUUAAACUGAACCGAAGAUCCAAUUUAAUACAGUGGUGCCCCGCAAGACGAAUGCCUCGCAAGACGGAAAACCCGCUAGACGAAAGGGUUUUCCGUUUUUGAGUUGCUUCGCAGGACGAAUUUCCCUAUGGGCUUGCUUCGCAAGACGAAAAUGUCUUGCAAGUCUUGAGAUUUUUUUUUCGCUUUCGCCCCCUUUAUCUAACCUGCUAAGCCUUUAAUAGCCUUUAAUAGCCUUUUAGCAGCUAAUCCGCUAAGCCUUUAAGCCUUUAAUAGCCGCUAAACCGCUAAUAGCGCUAAUCCGUUAAGCCGCUAAUAGGGUUGCUUCGCAAGACGAAGAAACCGCUAGACGAAGACUCUCGCGGAACGGAUUAAUUUCGUCUUGCGAGGCACCACUGUACUAAGAAACAAAGUUAUCAUUGGCUCAGUUUUUUCUACCUAACCUGUACUUUCCAGUUUUUCUCAUGACAAAGAAAUGGCUAUGAACUGGGUAUUUGGAGGGUGCAGGGAACCAAGAGUGGAGCCAGGAAAAUCUUGCUUGUAUUCAUGAUCCCAUUUUGGGACACGCAACUCUCAUCAUAUGUCUUCCAAGCAUCAAGCAUGUGGUCCUCCCCCACCCUGCUUGUUUCCCAUUCCAGUUUCCUUGCCCACUUCUCUUGGCAGCUAGUUCCUGGUGUGCCGCAUAAACCUGGGCCCCACACAUGUACAUAUUUUAAAUACUGUAACAAAUUAUGAAUUGUUAACAUGAAUGUGAUUCAGGAGUGUAUGUCCACUGUCUGCACCCAGCAGCCAAUCCUUAACCCCUCUUGCUGCUGAUGCUUCUCUGGCUCCCUCCCCACAUUCAGCACUGUCUACUCUGUCCAUUGUAUCUUAUCAUCUUGAUCCUUCCAGUCUGACCUUUCGGAUCUCUACCAUGAUCAUUGAUAUGUUGUGUCUCCUUUUUCUUCCGUGUGCCCUUUUUACCUCGGGGACAAUGAAAUGGAAAGGACACAACUAUUGGAUAUCUGUAGUGGAGGCCGUAUACAACCCUGAGCCCCAUUUUGCUUAGUCAGAUGUCUGUGUUUCACCCCAUUCUGUUGACUCAGCAGAAGCAAAGUAGACAUUGUACUAGAAAAGUGUAUUACUGAUAUUUGUGCUUUAUUACCCCCAGCAACUGAGCCAGUUUUGGUAUGAUGCUGAAACUGCACUCCAUUUAGCUAACGAGGCUGCAAGAGCAGUUGGAAGUGGUGGCAGGUGAGUUCUAUAAAUCUAGUAAUGUGUUUUUGUCUUUUUGAAAAUACUGUAAUACUGUUUUCCAUUUUUUUUCAUAGUCUGUUAACCUGUCAACCUUUCUGUAGUACAUCACUGUAAUACAGCUUUGAUAGUGAGACAACUUUGCUCAUUAAAGCACAGGACUGUGAAAUGUUGGUGUUUAUAAUUUCUAUAUUGCAUAUAACAUGCAGAGCUUUCCUUAUCACCUGCCUGUGAUGAAGCAACCAACAUUUCCAUUUUACAGAUGAAUUGAGACUGAGACUUGAGGCCAUCUAUUAAUUUGUGCACAGAUUUCAAGCCUUACUUCUGAGGUCUAAGGGAACUUUGCAAAAUGUUGCUAAGAACUCCUGUCUAUCUCUAAGACCUCUUUUAUAUUUAUUGUGAAUUUGAGUAAGAUGGCAUUCCAGAACUGUUUGGAGGACCAAUGUUUUCUGGUUCCUGUGACAUGCCACAGUCCUAAUUGUACACAUUACCUCUGUAUGAUCAACUGUUUUUGCAGUACAGAAGCUCAGCCCUUGGCUCCUACAUGAGGUCGGGACUGCAUUUCUUGGCGCAUGAAAACUCAUGGUUGAAUAUACACAAUGCAGUCAGUAGAGAUAUCAGUAGGAAAAUGCGGGUAAUAAAAAUGCAUUGUUUAACCUUGUCAUAUCUGAAGGAGCAGAUAGUUGUGGGUGUUCUUCUUUCUUAAUAAGGAAGAUACAGUCCACUUGGUGUGUGAGGGUUUUGUUUGCAGUUGCUUGUGAAGUUUCUUAAAUUCAGUGAUUCUCUCAAAGACUUGCUCCGACCAUAAUGCUGUAAAGAUGGAGAUGAAACUUACAACAACUGGAUCCUUUAGAUGGAGAAUGAAUGACACCCUAUUCAGAGAUGAAGAGAUUUAUAAGAAGGCCCAAAAAACAGUGAAAGAUUAUUUUGAGAUAAAUUUGAGAACAGAAGUGGAAAAAAGAAUAAUUUGGGACGCAAGUAAGGCCGUGAUGCGAGGUUUCCUAAUACAACAGAACUCCAUAAAAAGGAAAAAUCAAAAUGAAAGGAAAGGAAAAAUUCUGGAAAAAAUAAAAGAAGGUGAAAAGAAAUUGAGGUCUAAACCAAAGUCUCAUGAGAUUCUGAAAGAAAUAAAGUACUAUCAGGUGCAAUAUAUGGAAUUGAUGAAUCAAGAGAUAGAAUGGAAAAUAAAGCAAAUGAGACAAAAGACAUUUGAAUCAGCAGAUAAAUGUGGGAAAUUUCUGUCAUGGCAAUUGAAAAAGAGGCAAAAAUUGAACACUGUGACAAGUUUAGAAGUGGACGGAAAGAUUAUCCACAAACCAAAUGAGAUAAGUAAUUGUUUUCAAGGUUAUUUCAGGAAAUUAUAUGCACAAGGGCCAGUUAAUGAACAGGAAAUAGAAGAAUUUGUUAAGAAACAUGGAUUACCAAAAAUUUCAGAGCAAAGCAGAAGGAUUUUGAAUGAGAAAAUAACAGGACAAGAAAUAGAGGGUGCCAUUCAGAAGAUGCAAUUGGGAAAAGCUCCAGGACCAGAUGGUUUGACCGCCAGAUACUAUAAAGUGUUGAAGGAAUGGUUAGUACAACCACUGAAGGAAGUAUGUAACGAAAUUUUGGAGGGGAAAAGGCACCAGAGUCGUGGAAAGAAGCUUUUAUCUCACUUAUACCGAAAACUGAGACUGAAAAGAACCAGGUUAAAAACUACCGCCCUAUAUCAUUACUUAAUGUGGAUUACAAAAUUUUUGCGGACAUUAUGGCAAAAAGACUGAAGAGAGUGUUGGUAGGGGAGAUUCAUAAAGACCAAACUGGCUUUCUUCCAGGGAGAUAUAUGUCGGACAAUGUGAGGAACAUUAUAGACAUUUUGGAACUGUUAGAAGUGGACAUUAAUAGGAAGGCUGUUUUAAUUUUUGUGGAUGCGGAGAAAGCCUUUGACAAUAUUGGUUGGAGUUUUAUGAAGAAGAAUCUCCAAGGGAUGGGGGUAGGUCAAGGGUUUGAAAAUGGUAUAGGUGCAAUAUACUCUAAACAAAAGCAAAGUUAAUUGUAAACAAUGUGGUAACGGAAGAAAUACCUAUAGAAAAGGUACACGACAGGGGUGCCCAAUAUCCCCUCUAUUGUUUAUAUUAGUCCUGGAGGUUUUGUUAAAUAUGAUUAGAGGAGACCAGUUGGUUAAAGGAGUACAAGUCGGAGCCAAACAGUACAAGUUAAGGGCAUUUGCAGAUGACCUAGUAUUGACCUUGCAACAGCCAGAUACUAGUACUAAAAGAGUAUUAGAACUAAUUGAGAUAUUUGGUCAAGUAGCAGGAUUUAAACUGAACAAACAGAAAACGAAAGUGUUGGAUAAAAAUUUAACAUUGGCCGAAAAAGAGAAGUUUCAGAAUGAAACAGGACUAGUGAUAACGAAAAAAGUAAAGUACCUGGGGUAAACUUAACAUCUAAGAAUGUGAAUCUAUUUAAGGACAAUUAUGAUAAAUGUUGGACAGAGGUAAAGAAGGAUCUAGAAAUAUGGUCAAGGUUGAAACUUUCUUUGUUAGGCCGAAUUGCUGUUAUCAAGAUGAAUGUAUUGCCUAGAAUGUUGUUUUUAUUUCAGACAUUGCAGAUUUUGGACAAGAUGGACUGUUUCAAGAAGUGGCAGAAAGAUAUAUCUAAAUUUGUCUGGCAGGGCAAAAGCCCAGAAUAAAAUUUAAGAAUCUAACUGAUGCUAAAGAUAGAGGGGGGUUUGCCCUGCCGGACUUAAGACUCUACUAUGAAUCGGCGGCUUUCUGCUGGUUGAAACAGUGGCUACUUCUUGAGAAUACAGAUAUUUUGGAUCUAGAAGGGUUUGAUAAUAGAUUUGGUUGGCAUGCAUAUAUAUGGUAUGAUAAGGUAAAACAGCAUAAAGGUUUCAAAAACCAUAUUGUUAGGAAAGCAUUAUACAAUGUUUGGAUGCGGUAUAAAGAUCUAUUGGAAAGUAAAACUCCCAGGUGGUUGUCACCAAUGGAAGCUAAAGAGGUGAAAAAACUUAAUAUGGAGUCUAAAUGGCCAAAAUAUUGUGAAAUUCUAGAACAAGAUGGGGAAAAAGUUAAAUUACAGAGCUAUGAGAAAUUAAAGUCCAAAGUGCGAGAUUGGUUGCACUACCUUCAGAUAAACGAGACAUUUAAACAGGACAGGAAAAUAGGUUUCCAGAUGGAGAGGUCAAAAUUGGAAACAGAACUGUUAGAACCCAAUACUAAGAAUCUGUCGAGAAUGUAUAAUCUGCUGUUGAAAUGGAAUACACAGGAUGAAACGGUGAAAUCAGCUAUGAUAAAAUGGGCACAAGAUAUCGGUCAUAACAUUAUGUUUGCUGACUGGGAACAGUUGUGGACCACCGGUAUUAAAUUUACGGCAUGUAAUGCCUUAAGAGAAAACAUUAUGAAAAUGAUGUAUAGGUGGUACAUGACCCCAGUCAAGCUUGCAAAAAUUUAUCAUCUGCCCAAUAACAAAUGUUGGAAAUGUAAUGAGACUGAAGGUACUUUUAUCACCUUUGGUGGACCUGCCCGAGGAUAAAAGCUUUUUGGGAAAUGAUCUAUAAUGAAAUUAAGAAGGUUCUUAAAUGGACCUUCCCUAAAAACCAGAGGCUUUUCUCUUGGGCAUUGUCGGCCAAUUGGUGAGAAGGAAGGACAGGACGUUUUUAUGUAUGCGACAACAGCAGCAAGGAUUCUUCUAGCAAAGUAUUGGAAGACACAACAACUACCCACACUGGAAGAAUGGCAGACGAAGGUGAUCGACUAUAUGGGACUGGCCGAAUUGACUGGCAGAAUCCGUGACCAGGGGAAAGAGACAGUGGAAGAAGAUUGGAAGAAAUUUAAAGUUUAUCUUAGAACUUGUUGUAAAAUUCAGGAAUGUUAAAAUGUCAAGGGGUUGGGAAACAGAGAACUGCAGCUGUAAUUAAUAAUAUUAGAAGAACUUAAAAGAAAUUGAAUUGAAUAAUUAGUUGAUUGAGGAGUUGCUGAAGAAAUAUAAAACAAGGAUGCAGAAAAGGGGAGGUAUGGGGAAGUCCGGAAAGUAAGGUUUAUGAAAAAUGGCUAUGAAAUUAUACAUGUUUAUAUGUUUGUAUGUCGGUGUUUUGUGCAUUGUUUGCUUUCUUAUCUUAUGUUUGGAAAAUUAAUAAAAAUUUAUUAAAAAAAAAAAAAAAUUAAAUUCAGUGAUUCUAAGUUAGCAUUUCCACUCAAAAAAAUAAAUCCUUCUUUUUGGGGUAAUUGCUAUGCCAAUGCAAACUUCAAGUUGCUACACACACACUGUUUAGCACAAGAUCUGGAUUAAAUAUGUGAACCUUUUUCUUUAUUUCUUUAUCUUUUCAGAAUAGCAUGUGUUAGUGCACCCAGUGUUUAUCGAAAAUUAAAAGAAUGGGACAACAAAGAUUUUUCAACAUGUUUAUUGGAAUAUGACCAAAGAUUUUCUGUGUAUGGAGCUGAAUAUGUUUUCUAUGAUUACAACAAUCCCUUGAACCUUCCGGCCAACCUCACAGCACACAGUUUUGACAUUGUCAUAGCAGAUCCACCCUACCUGUCUGAAGAGUGUCUCAGAAAAACUGCAGAAACCAUAAAAUACUUGACUAAAGGAAAGGUUCUGCUUUGUACAGGUAUAAGCAUUGCAACAUCUAACAUCUUAUUAUCUAUAAUUAUAGUGUCUGCAUUCAUUUAAAAGGAUAAUGCUCAUGACUUUGUAAAGCAUCUUGAUUUGGGAAACAGUCAGCUCUCACAGAAAGCUGUUGUAAGGGAUAUAGGAUAGAGGGGGGGGAAACAGGAGUAGUUAAAAAAGAUAAUUUAAAUAUGCCAUUGCUUUGCUAUGAUAGCAAACUGAAAUCUCAAUGUUGACUCUGGACAUUGGCUGCUCGGGGCAACCAGAGAGAAAGUCUGUUUGCCUUCAUGCCCUGCUUCUGAGAAGUCUGAGGCUGGCCACUGUUUGAAAUGGGAUGGGCCAACAAGAAAGUUCUUACUCUUUUUGUUCCAUUAAGACAUGAUCUUCUGUUCAUUUUCUGCUGCAGGUGCUGUUAUGGAGGAAUAUGCUGCUAAGCAUCUUGGUGUGAAGAUGAGCAAGUUUAUUCCAAAACAUACUCGAAACCUAGCCAAUGAAUUUAGAUGUUACGUGAACUAUGAUUCUGGACUAGAUUCUGUUUCUUGACACUGCUCCUAAAGAAUUAACCAAAUAUUUCAGUCUGGGGCUUUUUUCCUUCUCUGGAGGUGUAAACAUUUGUAAUUUGUUUUUAACAUUCAGCAAUAUUUGUGCUAAUAGGAGGGAGGUGGUGAUUGGAGGCGAGGGUUGAGCAAGUGGACAUGGAACAAGUGCAAUAACAUUGGAUAAGCUUUCUCCCACCAAAACACUUCAUAUACUCUGCCAACCCAACUGACAGGUCUUGCUCCCUUUCCUGUUGCUCUUUAUAAUUCUGUGGGCAACUGAGGCUGAGAACAAGUGAUUUAACUAAGUUCCUCCUGGCAAGCAUAAAUCUGAACUCCAGCACUGGUAACAAGCUCCAUAUUUUUCAUUAUGAAUUGCCACCCUGUGUAUUUGAUUUGUGAUAAAUUAUUGCUUUCUUAGAGAAAUUAUUGCCUUCUUAGAGAGGAAGGGAAAACAUUUUAUUAAAAUGUUGCACAGAAAUGGGAGACUAUACUUUUCUAAAAUGCCAUGUCAGAAGUUUUUUUUUUUUUAAAGGGCAUUUUAUGUUAUUAGGCUGCCAUAUUAUCUUUCCAGGUGUAUUGUGAACCUGACUUUAUCACGUGGUUGAGUUGCAAAAUACUUAUUUCCCAAUUAUUUCCUAAUUCGGAAGAGCGUGACCCUCAUCAAACACUCAAGGUGUUAUCUCACAGCAUUUUCGCAUACGAAACCUGAACCAAUUUCAUUUUUUUCUGAAUAAGCCAUUAAGCACUUUUGCAGCAUAACAUCCAUUGAUCCAAAGAGGCAAUUGGAUAACCUUUCUGACCUUUAUCAAACUGAAGUUGUAUGCACAGUACUGAAUUCAUUUUCUUACGCUUUUGUGCCAUAAAAUGUCCUUAGAUUCUCUUGUAUGAUGUAUUAUGGUACAAGGACUUGCCAACCUUUCAAACUGCCUAAAUCCUGUUCUGCUUUGGAGAUGGGGAAUGGCUAGGUUUUUAUUCUGCCCCAGCCACUGGCUGAGCUGCAGUCAUUGUACAAAACCCUAACUGUUAAAAGAGUAUUGGUCUGAUUUUAUGGAUAAUGAGACCUCCCUGUACUGAAGAUACGAUGAAGGGGAAGGUGUGGUGCCCCUUCCUUUCUAGUCCAGCAACUGAUUAACGCAAUUCCUGGGAGGAAAGAUGCAACCAUUCAUUUUAUUUACACCCUGCUCAGCAGUGAAGGAUACUACUGUAUUUUUCCGUGUAUAACACGCCCCGGUGUAUAAGACGACCCCUAUUUUUUGGGACUCCAAAUUAAGGAAAGGGGGGGAAUCGGCAGCAGGCCUUGCCGCAGCCGCCAAAUUGCCGCUGACAAUCUCCCGCUCGUGGAUGCCACCAAUUGCCCAUCCCCCCUCUGCACUAUCCAUGUAUAAGACGACCCCCAAUUUUUAACAUUUUUUUAUAAUUAAAAACAUCAUCUUAUAUGUGGAAAAAUACGGUACUUACUUCCCUUUUAAGUCGGUCUUCCCAUUUUUACAAGUCUCCCAUUUCUCCAGUUUGCUUUGAAGAGCUUGCUGACAUCCAUGUCAAGUGUGAUGUUAACAUUUCCCAUGGGGUUUCCAGCUUUCCAUGCACUGGUCCUUGUGUUUACACACCUGCUCCUUCUUUCCCCCUCGUAUUUUGGGUAGAGGAAAGCUUCCCAUAGACAUCCGGUUGGCCACAGUGGGAACAGGCUGCCUGGACUAGAUGGGCCAUUGACCUCUUUUAUGUUCUUAUGAAGUUGAGGGCCCUGGCAUCUUCAUACAACCCUGCAUUUCAGCAGUUCCCACGGCCAUAGCACCUCUCACUUGCCCAGCAUCCCUGCAGGGUGCAUUCUACAGGUGACAGCCACCUGUGCUUUAACUUAUCCACCAAAGGUUUUAAAUUUUUGUUUGAAUAUGAACUAAAUACUGAAAUAAGAGCAAAAGAGAACAUUGGAUACAUAUGCCUUGGCACAAAACCUUCAAUAGUUCGAGUCUGGUUUGUAUUCAUUAUCUCAGAGCUCCAGACUAAGCCUGUAUAUUGCCUGUACUUUGAAAUCUUGCCCUUACUUAAGCCGCCAAGUACUCUGCUCUUUGAUUGGAACAGUUUCCUCUACAAUAAUAGUUGCAUUCCCCACGCAAAUUCUUAUUCCUUCCCAUUAUGAAUAAUCGCCUCCAGCCAAAAUGUGCAGAGGUCAUUAACUAGUUUGCCAAUGUGGAAAAGAUUCCCCGGGGGCAUUUGAAAGCCACAACUUUAGCGUUAGACACUUGCAGAUACACAUAAUUCACCCAGUUUAGCAUAUGAACUGUGGUCAAAUGGGUGCAUUAAAAUUAGCUGUUCUCUGAAAGUGCAUGCCAGGGAGUUGCAUAGUAUAGUAGUCACAGAUGCCUGAACAGUUUGAUGCUGGAAAUUAUGGUGGGAUGCUGCUGGUUGUAUUGUAAAAUACAAGGCAGAUGCAAGGAAAAUCCUCUGUGUCGGUUGAUUUCGAUACUAAAGUGAAUGACUACCACAAUUUGCACCUCUGAAUUUCCAAUAAAAGUUGCAGGGGGGGGGCUCCUGCCAUAAAAGUUAUAUCAAAUUAUGUAUAGCUGCCAGUGUUUCCUUUGAAUUGUGCUCACACAUUAUGUCUGGACUGCAUUCAACAAGCAUUUCUUUCCUUUUAAAUCUGCCUGCCUUCCCCCUCCCCGCCACCCCAGUAUAGAAUGCAGAGAUUCUGUUAGGGGUCCAUGGACUCAGGGCUGUGAAGUAAUCUCAAAGGAAUGUUUGGUUGGAAGAGCCACAGCAUAGUGCAGUGUAGCGCAGCGAUGGAGAGAGAAAUUAAAUUAUUGGGAAGUUUUCUAGAAGAAGGACAUGUUAUAGAUGCAAAGGUUUUCCAGGCUCCAUUAGGCAUAUUUCAGAAGUUUCUACCUGGAUUUUGGGAAAUCUGAAUUAGUUGAUCUCUUGUUUCCAAUUGGAUUAGAAAUCCACAGUUGUUCUGUAUUUGAGUUCUUCUUUUUCAUUUUUAUGGAGGAACAUAGGAAACUACCUUAUAGCAGAUCAGUUUUUGCCCAGCGCUGCCUGUUCUGAUUAUCAGUGGCUUUUCAGGGCGUCUGUCAUUCCUCCCCACGUGUUGAUAAAACAGUGGGGGGGGGGGGGAGGAAACAAACUUGAUCAAGAUUGCACUGCAAUCCCUUUUCUACCAUUUUACCAGUGUGUUCGUGAACAUGUGUGUGGUAAUAUUGUAAAACAGCAAUAUGUGAUUCUACACAAUUGUGUGAUGAUUCUUUUUGGGAGGUAUUUACCAGCAUGUCAAAACAAGUGUGCACAUUAGUAAAACCGUCC